AUGAAAAGAGAGAAAGAGAAGGAUAAAGGGAGAAAGGGAGGGAAAGGGAAGGAGUUAGAGGGAGAAAGAGAGAGAGAAAGGGAGGGAGGGAGGGAGAGAGGGGGAGAGAUAGUUUGGGAGAGGACGAGAGGGAAAGAGAGGAAAAGGGAAAGGCGAGAGGAAGAGGGAGAGAGUGUUAGU